CCCUCUCCUCCUCUCCUGCCCUCUCCUCUCCUGCCCUCUCCUCCCCUUUCCUCUCCUCCCUUCUCCUGCCCUCUUUUUUUAAUCUCCUUUCACUUUCACUUCUACUGCAGCGGGCAGCAGGUAACAGCUGAACUAAAACACUCUGACCAAGAUCAUCCUCCUGAGCGCCGUGAACACCGACAUCACACAGACAUGGUGAUUGGCAGUUUGGAUGUGAAGAGCCUCCCUGACUUCAUGCCUGAUGCAGAGCCGGAGGAAGAGCCCCUGAUCAUCAUGCUCAUCGGGAAGAGCGGCGUCGGCAAGAGCUCCAGCGGCAACACCAUCCUCGGGCGCAAGGCGUUUGAGUCGGACAUCAAGCUGAAGAGAGUCACCAAAUACUGCGAGAAGCAGACGGGCCGGUGCAGCGGCGGCUUCCACGUCUUCGACAACAAGGACGAGCAGGACCAGAACCAGGUGGCGAGCUUCCUGGCGAAGAUCCAGACCCUGGUGGCCCUGAAUGGAGGGAAAUAUUACGCAACGGCCAUGUAUCCCGAACCGGAGAGGAGCAUCAGAAAAAAACAGAUGGACUUCCUGUCGGAGAGCAAUGCUGAGAUCAUCGAGAAGGAGAGGCGGCUGCCGGAGCGUGACGAGGGGGAGGAGCUGGAGACAAAGAGGAAGGAGCUGUGGAAAAAAUCCAGAGUGAAGGCGGAGAGUUACAUCCGCAGGUCCUCCUAUAUUUGGUGGUUCGUCCUCCUGGGAGGAAUAGGAUUGGUAGUUUUUGUUUACCAGCCACUAGCGUCCAUUCCGGUCGUUCUUCUGAUUUUCCUUUUGAGUUUCUUCAAGGAUAAUAUUUGUCGUUCGUCUGUUUCUGGAAAGAUCCCGUGGCUUUCUAAGAAGAUCCAAUAGGCGUAGGUGCUUUGACACUGAGGCUUUGUUAGUGGUUCGUCAUCCUCAGUCUAUGAUGGAUUUCAGCUUAUAAUUAGAAACAUGAAUUGGAUUUUAUGAUUCGUCACUCUUGUGUUUCAGACCUAAUCGACUGUCAUGCAACACAACUGUAAAACUUGCAAAUAAAACUAAGUAUCAUCAAUAAGCAA